UUUAUUUGGUUGACUGGAAAAUUCAGCCGGAAUUGUUCCCCGGCCCUAUUGGUUCACUCACCAAGAAAACGUCUUCUUUCCCUCUUAAAUCUCUCUCUCUCGUUCCCUCUCUCCAAAAGCACUCACACACACAUCAUAUAUAUCUGCACAUUCAUUUUCAAGAAUGUGUAUUACUUACAUAUAUCUGAGGUUUUAGAGAGAGGGAGAGAGAAGGAACAAUGGAUUCGCCGGAGUCGGCGACGAGUCGUGCGACGGGUCGGUCGUCUGUGAUCGAAUCGAUCAGGGGUUGUACGAUGGCAGGGAUGAGAAUUUCGAAGGAGGAACUGAGAUUGAAGAUUACGAUGCCCCAAUACCUGAGAUUGGCCAUGAGGGAUGCGAUUCAAUCCAAGGAUGUCACCGCCGGAAACCGCCACUACGCCUCCACCGCCGUCGCUGGCGAGGCCGCUCAGCCCCCUGAAUCGCCGCUCGUCGUGUUUAUUAAUUCCCGGAGCGGUGGUCGUCAUGGCCCCGAGCUCAAGGCCAGGCUUCAGGAUUUGAUGGGCGAAGAACAGGUUUUUGACCUUCAAUCUGUGAGGCCUCGUGAAUUUAUUCAAUAUGGAUUAGGUUGCCUGGAGAAGUUGGCUGAGAUUGGAGACUUGUGUGCCAAAGAAAGCCGUGAAAAGCUCAGGGUUGUGGUUGCAGGAGGUGAUGGCACGGUGGGUUGGGUCCUAGGAAGCCUAGGAGAGCUUUAUGCGCAAGGCCGGGAACCAGUUCCCCCAACAGCAAUUAUUCCCCUUGGUACAGGAAAUGACUUGUCUAGGAGUUUCAGUUGGGGCGGUUCAUUUCCUUUUAACUGGAAAUCAGCAAUCAAAAGAACUCUUGACAAGGCCAGAACAGGUCCAACUUGCCGUCUAGAUAGCUGGAAUGCUUCAAUAUUAAUGCCAACAGAGGAACUUGUAAAUCCACCCUAUUCUCUGAAGUCUGUGGAAGAGUGUUCCCUUGAUCAGGGAUUGGAAAUAGAAGGGGAGUUGCCUGAGAAAAUGUCUUGCUAUGAAGGAGUAUUUUAUAAUUACUUCAGCAUAGGAAUGGAUGCACAAGUUGCUUAUGGCUUUCACCAUUUACGCAAUGAAAAGCCUUACCUUGCACAAGGUCCCAUUUCAAACAAGUUGAUCUACUCUGGCUACAGUUGCAAACAAGGUUGGUUCUUCACACCAUGCAUGAGCGAUCCAAGUUUAAGGGGACUCAAGAACAUUGUAAGGAUGUAUGUUAAGAAGGUCAAUUCCUCAGAAUGGGAACUAGUUUCAAUCCCUUCAAGUGUUCGGUCAAUAGUUGCUCUAAAUCUUAAUAACUAUGCAAGCGGAAGAAAUCCAUGGGGUAAUCUGAAGCCAGAGUAUUUGGAGAAGAGAGGCUUUGUUGAGGCUCAUGUUGAUGAUGGUCUUCUAGAAAUUUUUGGCCUAAAACAAGGAUGGCAUGCUUCCUUUGUUUUGACUGAACUUAUUUCUGCCAAACACAUCGCCCAGGCUGCAGUGAUACGAUUUGAGUUCAGAGGUGGAGAGUGGAAAGAAGCGUAUUUGCAGAUGGAUGGGGAGCCAUGGAAACAACCGAUGGACAAAGAUUAUUCGACGUUUGUGGAAAUUAAAAGAGUGCCAUUUCAAUCAAUUAUGAUCAAUGGAGAGUAAUUUCAAUUGGAUCUCUAUGAUUUGAUUACCGGGAAUGACAACUAUUGUGAUUGGAGUCCAUGUAAAUCAUAUUCGUCUCCUGAUGGUUUCUAAUUUUAUGUCUGUGUUUUUAGUUACUAGGACCAGGGAAUUGUUGUAUCUAGUCCAUUAUUAGUCAAUCCAUUGGGAACAACUUGAGAAUUAUUUAUUGUAAAAUUCACCUUAUCAGUGUUACUAAAUGAUUCAUUGGUGCUUCAGUAUAUGUGAGGAAAGUAUGUGGCUUUAGUGAAAUGGAUCUAGUAACUCUUUGGUUUUGCAUAGACAUUUGUGAUUAUUCA